UUUUUAUCUCCUCUAUAUAAUAGAGCGAGUUUUACAGGAAACUUGGGAAAUAGAGUGCAAAACCAGUGAGACCUCGGAACAGAGAAUUUUCUCCGCCAAGUACAUUGGAACGGAUCGUGUGUAUAUAUAUAUCUCUCCCCCAUCACUUAUUUCUCUCCUUCCAACGUUCGGAACUCCAAGAUUGUUCCCGCCGUUGAUAUCUGUGAAGUCGCCGACGGCGAAAUCUCUCUCACCGCCAAUCGAUAGCUGCGUCCUUAAAUCCACAAAAGAGCCGUUGAUACAACAUGGGGUACGAGUCUGGUAGCACAUCCCAGGAUGGCCGGGAUGAAGAUGAUGAAGACGAAUAUGAAGAGGCUGGUGGGGGUAACCGGCUUUUGGGAUUUAUGUUUGGGAAUGUUGAUGGUGCAGGCGAUCUUGAUGUUGAUUACCUUGAUGAGGAUGCAAAGGAGCAUCUUUCUGCACUGGCUGACAAGCUUGGUCCGUCCCUGACCGAUAUAGAUCUGUCAGCGAAAUCACCACAGUCAUCCGUUGAUGCUGCUGAACAAGAUUAUGACGAGAAAGCUGAAGACGCAGUUGAUUAUGAAGAUAUUGAUGAGCAGUAUGAGGGACCAGAGUGUCAAGCUGCUACCGAGGAGGACUAUUUGUUGCCAAAAAAGGAUUAUUAUUCCACUCAAGUUGCAGUGGCUACUAUGGAGCAUAAUUCUUCUGUUUUUGAUGAUGAAAAUUAUGACGAUGAUGAUGAAGAAUUUGAGAAAGAACAUGAGUUGGUGGAUAAAAAUGCUGAAGUUGGAACUAUUUCUUCAUCAGGUGAGCCGGGUGAUAUUCUUACUGAAAUUUCUGAAGGGGAAAAGUUUUCCGAGGAUGAUAUACCUAUUGGCUCUUUUGAAACUGAAAAUUUGGCUGUGGAUAUGGCAGAUUUUCAGGAGGAGCCUCUUGAUGAUAAAAAUUCAACACCACUUCCUGUUCUGUGUAUAGAAGACGGGAAGGUCAUAUUACGGUUUUCUGAAAUUUUUGGUAUUCAUGAUCCAUCAAAGAAAGGGGAGAAGAAGGACCGUAGGUAUUCAAUUCCUAGAGAGAAAUAUAAAUCCAUGGAUAUUUAUGAUAAUGUUGAAGAGGACGAAGAGGAUUUUUUGAAGGGCACUUGCCAAGGUUUUUCUUUUAUGAGACAGGCACAUGUAUCUCAAGAUGAUAUUUCAGCACUAAUGGAUGGCGAAUUAGAAUCAGGGAAAUUUGGGGUUGUUCCAGGGGCUUCUGCUAAUCUACAAGAUGAUGAGCAAAGAAAAGAUUCUUGUCUUAGUGCAGAGCCAAUGAGACAGGAUAUAGCAUCAGAUGGGUUUGCCGAGUGGAGCUCAGCUUUGUGUCCAAAAUUUUACCCUCUUGAUCAGCAAGAUUGGGAAGACAAAAUUAUUUGGGACAACUCUCCUGCAUUAAGUGACAGUGCUGCCGAUGGUUGUGAGAUCUCUGGACCUGACUCCGAGGCUUUGGUUAAUGCAGAAACAGAAUUGGAUGGUGGGCUGCAAAAUUUUCAGCCAGAGCUCCAGAUGGAACCUGAUGAGAAAGAUCAUGGUUUUUUUCUUCAUAGAUGUCCUGUUCUAGUGGAGCCCUUUGGUUCAAGAACAUAUUCAGGACUGAAAAAUCUUCCAUUCUUGGAAAACAGAUUUCAUCCCCAACUAUUGAGGUUGGAGUCGCGGUUGGAAGUGGAUCAUCCAAAUCAUUCUGACGUCAGAAAGGAUGAUGGUACUGAAGAGAUCUGCCAAAGUGAUGUCAUAAGACGUUUUAGCAAACUUACAUUGCAAAACAGAGACUUACUGGAAGGAUCUUGGUUGGACAAAAUAAUUUGGGAACCACAUCAAUCUAUUGCAAAGCCAAAGCUAAUUCUCGAUCUUCAAGAUGAACAAAUGCUUUUUGAAAUUUUAGAUAACAAGGACGGUAAAAAUCUUCGGCUUCGUGCUGGGGCUAUGAUCAUAACUCGCUCUGUGAAGUCCAGUGGUGGGGAUUCUUUGGAGCAGCAUGGUCAUGGAGGUGCAUAUGGUGUGCGAUUCAAUAUUUCUAAUGACAAAUUCUAUUCAAACAGGAAAAUUUCUCAGCAGCUGAAGUCACAUUCUAAAAAACGUGCUGCUCAUGGUGUCAAAAUCUUGCAUUCAAUACCUGCAGUUAAGCUGCAGACAAUGAAACCGAAGUUAAGCAAUAAAGAUAUGGCAAACUUUCAUCGACCAAAAGCUUUAUGGUAUCCCCAUGAUAAUGAGGUGGCAGUCAAGCAACAAGGGAAGCUACCUACCCAAGGACCGAUGAAAAUUAUAGUGAAGAGCUUGGGGGGCAAAGGAAGUAAGCUUCAUGUGGAUGCUGAGGAGACCCUUUCUUCUGUCAAAGCAAAAGCCUCAAAAAAGCUAGAUUUUAGACCAUCAGAGCCCGUUCGAAUAUUUUAUUCUGGAAAGGAGCUUGAAGACCAUAAAUCUCUUGCUGUGCAAAAUGUUCGACCGAACUCGUUGCUUCAUCUUGUUCGCACAAAAAUACAUUUGCUGCCAAGAGCACAGAAAGUUCCUGGUGAAAACAAGUCUUUACGUCCUCCUGGGGCAUUUAAGAAGAGAUCUGAUCUUUCUGUGAAAGAUGGCCAUGUCUUCCUCAUGGAGUACUGUGAGGAAAGACCAUUACUCCUGGGAAACCUUGGGAUGGGUGCCAGACUGUGUACCUACUAUCAGAAAUCAGCCCCAAGUGAUCAAACUGGAACCUUGUUGCGCAAUGGAAACAACAGUUUGGGAAGUGUCCUCACACUUGAUCCUGCUGAUAAAUCCCCUUUCCUUGGAGAUAUAAAGGCUGGUUGCACUCAAUCAUGCCUUGAAACUAACAUGUAUAGGGCUCCCAUUUUUCCUCAGAAAGUUUCAUCAUCUGACUAUCUGUUGGUUCGUUCUGCGAAGGGAAAGCUUUCUAUUAGACGCAUCGACAGGCUGGACGUUGUUGGACAACAGGAGCCUCACAUGGAGGUAAUGACUCCUGGAACAAAAAGUGUGCAGACAUACAUUAUCAACAGGCUCUUGGUGUACAUGUAUCGUGGGUUUAAUGCAGUUGAAAAGCAUGGCUGGCUUCCUCGCAUCCGUGCGGAUGAGCUGUCUGCACAAUUCCCUAACAUCUCUGAAGCCUUUCUUCGGAAAAGAUUAAAGAAUUGUGCCGAUUUGCAGAAAGGAUCAAAUGGACAGCUGUUUUGGGUUAUGAGGCGCAAUUUCCGCAUUCCAUUGGAGGAGGAAUUAAGAAGAAUGGUGACACCUGAAAAUGUCUGUGCCUAUGAAAGCAUGCAAGCUGGCCAGUACCGGCUCAAGCGGUUAGGAAUUACAAAGCUGACUCAUCCCAAUGGCCUUUCGUCUGCAAUGAAUCAGCUUCCAGAUGAAGCAAUUGCUUUAGCUGCUGCAUCACACAUUGAAAGGGAACUGCAGAUAACUCCAUGGAACUUGAGCAGCAAUUUUGUUGCUUGUACAAACCAGGAUAGAGAAAAUAUUGAACGUCUGGAAAUCACUGGUGUUGGUGAUCCAUCUGGACGGGGCCUGGGUUUCAGCUAUGUCCGUACUGCUCCAAAGGCACCAGUGUCUAAUGUGAUGACGAAGAAAAAAGCAGCUGUUCCUCGAGGAGGUUCAACUGUAACCGGAACAGAUGCUGAUCUACGUAGAUUGAGCAUGGAAGCUGCACGAGAGGUUCUCCUUAAAUUCAAUGUUCCGGAGGAAGAGAUUGCAAAAAAGACUAGGUGGCAUCGAAUUGCAACGAUUCGCAAACUAUCGAGUGAGCAAGCUGCAGUUGGGGUCAAGGUUGAUCCAACAACAAUCAGCAAGUAUGCGCGUGGUCAGCGAAUGUCCUUUCUGCAGCUUCAGCAGCAGACAAGAGAAAAAUGCCAAGAAAUUUGGGAUCGACAAGUUCAAAGUCUUUCUGCUGUUGAUGGUGGUGAAAAUGAUAGCGAUUCAGAAGCAAAUAGUGACCUGGAUUCCUUUGCUGGGGACCUAGAAAAUCUGCUGGAUGCAGAAGAAUGUGAAGAAGGGGAAGAGAGUAACUAUGAAACCAAGCAUGACAAAGCAGAUGGUGUGAGGGGGUUUAAAAUGAGAAGGCACCCAUCCCAAGCUCUGGUGGAAGAGGAAAUUGAAGAUGAGGCAGCUGAAGCAGCUGAAUUGUGCAGGAUGCUUAUGGAUGAUGAAGAGGUUGAGAGGAGGAAGAAGAAGAAGACAAGACCUGCAGGGGAGGAAAUGGGAUUAACUCCAGGCUCGCAGUCAAAUUUCUUUGAGAAUGGAGAGCAGGUCAAGAAAACUAAUACAAUUGUCAAGAAUACUACUACUAUGGCCCCACCUGAUGGAUCAUAUACAUCAAAAGAGAAUAUUUUUCGAGACCCAAAGAAGGAGGAAAGGUUUAGUUCCAAAAAAAACUUCUCUGGAAAGGUAAAACCGAUAAAAAAGAAUGACACCGCACGCAUGGGUUUACUCAACAAGAAAGUUAAAAUAUUGGGGGAUGGAAUAAAGAUUAUCAAGGAAAAGAAAUCUGCAAGAGAGAGUUUUGUUUGUGGAGCUUGUGGUCAGCUUGGCCACAUGAGGACCAACAAGAAUUGCCCAAAGUAUGGAGAAGAUCCAGAAACACCAGUUGAAAGCACAGAUCCGGAUAAGGCAUCUAUGAGAUCUAAUGCUUCAGAUUCCUUGGCUCAGCCCCAGCAGAAAACUAUGACAAAGAAGCUUAUAGCAAAAAGUGCAACAAAAAUUGCUGUUGUGGAAGCUCCUGAAGAUGAUAAGUCCAGUUCAAAGGCAAAAAUUCUGAAGGUCAAAUGUGGUUCCACUGAUAAGCUACCUGAUAAACACGCUCCUUCUGCCUCACAGAGCUCUGACCGACCAAUAACAUCGGAUGCUGAAAUUGGGAACAAGUCUUCCGUUAAAGUUAAUAAAAUAAUAUUUUCCAACAAGAUGAAGCCCGAAGAUGUCCAGGUUGAAUCUCACAAGCCGUCUAUUGUGAUAAGACCACCGAUGGAGACAGAAAGAAACCAGCCUCGCAAGAAAAUCAUAAUCAGAAGACCAAAGGAGAUCAAUCAGGACCAGGUCAGUCAGGAAGGUAGCACUGAUCUUGAUUACAGGAAGACGAAGAAAAUUAUAGAAUUGUCAGGUUAUGAGAAGCAUAGAGAGCGGGAGAGCAAACAUUUAGUUCUCGAGGGAGCAAAGCAGAAAGUCAGAGAGGGUAAACGAUUGUGGGAAGAGGAGGAGAAGAGGAGAAUCGCGGAGAGACAGAGAGAAGAGAGAGCCAGAAGGCUUUAUGAAGAACAAAAGAGAAUAGAAGAAGAACAAGAAAGGUUAGCUGCAUUAAGAAAAUAUGAAGAAGACAUAAGAAGAGAGAGGGAGGAAGAAGAACGUCAGAAGGCAAAUAAGAAGAAAAAGAAGAAGAAAGUGCCUGAAAUAAGAGAUGAUUAUUAUGAUGACUUGCGGCCAAGAAGAAAUGACAGAAGGAUGCCAGAAAGAGAUCGAAAUCUGAAGAGGAGACCAGUAAUUGAGUUGGGAAGGUAUGGUGCAGAGUAUGCUCCACCCACAAAGCGCCGUAGAGGGGGAGAGGUUGGUUUGUCUAAUGUUUUAGAGACCAUUGUGGAGACCCUCAAGGACAGGCAUGAGGUGUCCUACCUUUUCUUAAAACCAGUGUCCAAAAAGGAAGCACCUGACUACCUAGACAUUAUAAAACGCCCUAUGGAUCUGUCCACAAUCAGGGAGAAGGUGAGGAAGAUGGAAUACAAGAGCCGAGAGGAGUUCCGGCAUGAUGUGUGGCAAAUUACAUACAAUGCUCACAGGUACAACGAUGGGCGCAACCCGGGUAUUCCUCCACUAGCAGAUCAGCUUUUAGAGCUUUGUGACUACUUGAUAAGUGAGAAUGAUGAGGUAUUGGCAGAAGCCGAAGCCGGUAUCGAAAGUGGGGAAAUUUAGAUUGUUAAAUUAAGAUUUUUUCUAUUUCUAUUUUUAAAACCCUAGAUUGUUGAAACCUUUUUGUUUUUCUUCUCUUGGGGUUUUGAUGGAUGGGAAAUGGCUUUGGUUUUAGCUCGUUGGAUGAAAUUUUCCAUAUUUGAGAACAUUUAGUUGCAUCCCAUCUUUCUGUAUAUAUGUACAUUCCGGUUAAUUUGUAACAUAUAAGUUCCAAAUGUAUCAAGUGUUGCCAAAUGUACCAAACUACAUUAGUAGCUCUAUAUCUUAGAGCCCACUAGCUCAAUUCAUGAGCAAUUUGACGUCAGCAGAUUGAAGGAA